UGCCAUUAUAACGUGAACCUCACUAUAGGGAUAUCGCCAGAUGAGAUAAUUAGCUCUUGGCUUUGAAAAAUUUUAGUUGCAAAUUUGUCAGUGGCCAAAGAUGUUCCUCUCGCGAAUUUUCACAAUUUUCAUACUGGUUUCCAUAGGGAGUCUAAGAUCAAAUGCCAGGCCGUCUGACAGUUUCGACAAAACAGCUGAUUCGACAGAACCGCUAUCUCAGACAUUCGUUAUAAGUGGAAAGAGACAAGACGCUCACCAGUUAUCAGUUGAGAGCUGUCGUGCCAAAAUAAAAGAUUCUCAAGAGCUGACAUCGAAAAUUCUGAGUGGAGUUGACGAUUUGAUAGCAAAGCAGAACAACCUGACAGGUGACGAGACGAUUCUGGUACUGGGAGAGGCUGGAGCUGGGAAAACAAGCCUGAUACAGUUUUUGACGGGAAAUCCCGACUUGCAGUCCAGGGAAAUUGCUGGGAAAUAUGUGAUUGAGGAUGGACAAAGAAUUGGGGAACCAAACUCUGGGUCUUCCACCCUCUACCCCAGGAUUGUUCCCUUCAACAGAGCCAUCGACUUUGUCGACUUUCCAGGAUACCAAAACAUAACACAACCUGCAAAUGAAAUCGCUUCAUCGAUUAUUGUGAAAACAAUCACAAAUAAACUCAAAAAAGCCAAGAUUUUGCUUCUAGUAGACCAUGCCACCCUGCAACAGAAGGAUGGCUUCAUCAACAGUCUUCGACCUCUGUACUAUAACCUGCGAUUCAAUUUUGAUGACUACAAGGAUCGCAUUGCAUUGAUCGUCACUAAAGUCUCCCCAAAAUUGGAUGAUGAUGAAAUUCUCAAAGUUCAGGAAACUUCUGGAUCAGACACAGCUAGAUUCUUGGAAGAAGAAGCUCAUAUUAUGGAGCAAGUCAUGGAAUAUCUCAAUCAAACACAGUCAUCAUUGAAAGAUAAACUGGAACUAGAAAUGGGGUACGAGGAAGAAGGUCUUCAUUACGAUUCGAUGCAACUGUUGAAUAGUUUGAAGACAGGAAGCAAAGACGGUAAAGCACCAAGAAUCAAUGUGUUUUAUCAUCCAAACAAACCAGGACCACUGAGGGAUAACAAACUUAUGCUGCAGAACAGGGAGUCGUUGCUUGAAACUGUUAGAAACUUGACCAGUUUUGAUGUGAAGAAGUAUGAUUUCGGUUUUGGGUUGUCUGAUAGAACGAACGUGUUCCUGAAAUGCCUAUUGGAAAUGUUGAGUGAUCUUUACAGAAACAAAGUAAAGGAUAUCGUUAAUUCUCUUGAAAACUCUGCACAUGGAAGAAUCACUGAUGGUAUCUUUCUUUGCAUACAGAAAAUUUCUGAUUUACAAUCACUGAUUAAUAGAACGGAACUGUUCAUUCAAGAAAAUAAACAGGUUGUACGUUACGAUGAGUUCUCUAAAACUUUAAUUUCUUCUGAUCUCGCCACAUUGUCGCCUAGGCAUCCGGAAAUCGGAGAAAUAAGAAUAUUCGAUUUCUUGGAGAAGUAUGGAGAAAUUAUAAUGGGAUUUGUUGACACAAGUGAGAUAUUUGAACUAUCCCCUUGGACUGAAAGAAUAAGAGAUGCUUUACAACUUAUGGAGAAGGAGAAGGAAUGGUGUAAUACACUGCUCAAGUUUAUUGAAGGACUUUCAAGUUACAAAAUUCAAAGUCAGAGGAACAAAAUUUACGAUGAGAUGUAUACUGUAAAACCCACAUCCAAUAAUGUUGAGCAUCCACUUAUAUCAAUGUUCUUGGAUAUUACUGAUAGCAGCCCCUCUCAACUGUUUGAAAAUCCACAAAUAAUCAGUGAGAGAAAAUUAUCAGAGAUUGAUUAUAUAGCACGCGGUAGGUUGGAGAAGAGUCGAGUCUUAGGUUGGGAUGACUCGUGUUCAUCCCAGGGAAGCCUUAGGGUGAAAGGGUUCAUAAUUUGUAUGUCCCAUAUCAAUUCAGAUGAAUUUCUAGAUUCUCGCUGUGGAAAUAAAUCGGUCACCGACUUGAUUAUCUUUGCUACUUAUAAAGUGUUCAUAGAUAUUCAAAAUUUGAAUAAGAGAUUGGAAGGGGUAGACAUAUACCUAGCAGCACCUUACUGGGAGGUAAUCGGGGAAAGAACUGAUAUAAAAUUGGUAGGUCGAGAGGGACAAAGAGUAUCCGACAGUAUUUACUUGGAGAAUGGAAAGGAUGGGAAACCUGGACUUGCAGGCGGCAUGGGAGGAAGUUUUUACGGUCUUGGUAUGAGAUUUCUGAACUGUGAAAAUCUGCAUAUUAUGUCUGUCGGAGGCAAAGGAGGUCCGGGGAUUGAUGGGGCAGACGGAAAACCAGGAAAGGAUGGCAAAAGUGGAUAUGAGAAAGCUGUUGAGGUACUGGGAUCGAAAAGAGGGUUGAAAAAUUAUCUAGAGCAUGAAAUAACCCAGGCACAUGACUCACUCGAGCUGACUGAAAGUAUUUUGCGUGAUGGAGGUAGUAAUAUUUCCAUGAGUGGAGACAAAAUUGGAGGGGAUUUCCUGGGAUUAUCCACAUACAAGUUCGGUGGUGAUUGUGGAAGGGUAGGGGAACUGGGGGGCUACGGUGGUAGGGGUGGAUUUGGAGGACUUGGAGGCAAGUUUGAGGUUGUGGAAGCGGGUGACCACCGAUCCAACAUCACUUUCCUGUCGAAAAAUGGGGAAGACGGCGAGAAUGGGAAGAGAGGUCAAUCUGGGGGCCAUGGAAACGAUGGGACUGGGUUGACUUGCUACAAUAUCAAAACAACAGAACAAGCUUCAAAUGGCUCAACAUCUUACUGGAAGUGCUUCGAAACAGAUAGCAGGUGCAGUCACGAUGUCCAACCGGAAAUAGAAUGCAGACCCGAUCAUUACAUUGAUACUGGAAUUGAACGUCCAUCAAGGAGAUCUCCUUAUGAACUUUUUCGAUCUUGGUCAAUAAAUCAUCCGUUGAGUUCCAAAGAAGACUUGAGCACAUCGGAGCGCGAGAGGGAUUUGAGGGCCAUUAAGGCUCUUGGUGACUUUGAAAGAUUCUUUUGGUCAUUCUCUGAUUGAGUAGAUAUCUAUUUGUCUAAAACAACUUAAAGAAUAUGAUUAAUAAUGUUUAAAAGAAGUACAGUAACUUUAUAACCAUGGUUAUAUUAUAGAGGGAGAGGUUCGGCUCAUACUUUAGAAUAGCAAUAAUUUUUUGAUGUCUUUGAAACUAUUUUGAUUCUUAGAGAUGGUUUCCGAGCUCGGGAUUUAGCUAAAUUCUAGAUUUUUAAGGCUGUGCAAAGGCUGAAAUUAAACUUUUCACUCGUGAUAUUUUUCAGAGGUUUUAGAUUUGUAUAUCAUCAUGCUGACAAAAUGAAAAAGUUUUCUCAGGAAAACAUUUUUUUUCUGAUCACUACUUUUUGAGAUAGGGCCUAAACUUUAAAUUUUUUGGGACAGAACUUUUCAAAUUCGGUAAGAGAUAAAUCGAUGAAAUUUAGAGGAUAGAUUCUUCAUUAUAUUGUUGAUCUAGUAAAACAAAAAUUUCCUGAAAAUAACCAAAAAUAACCUUUAGUUGAGUUAUUUUUGGUAAAUUGAAUAACUUUUCCAAAAAUUGAUAUUUUCAGAAAAUUUUUGUUCUACUAGAUCACAAUCCAUCCUCUAAAUCUCAUGGAUUUAUAUCGUACCGAAUUUGAAAUGUUCUGUCCCAAAAACUCAAACUUCAUUCGCUCAUAUCUGAAAAAGUAAUGAUCGGAAAAAAAAUGUUUUCAAAACUUUUUCACUUUGAUAGCUUGAUGAUAUACAAAUCGAAAAACAUAAUCGAAAAUAAACACAUAAUCUACCUAACACAUGGCAAAUAUUCUUAUGCUAUCUUUCCUUUAUGAUAUUAUUAUACAAUUACAAUUUUAUCGAAUUCUGAAUGAUAUUAAUAUUUAAUAAUCAGAUUAUAAAAUUUGAGAUAGAUUGGAAAUAUAUCGAUUAUUAAC